AUGCCCGACGCGUCCGUCGCAGAUUCGCACACUCAACGCACAGACCCUCAGAAUCGCACAGGUAUUGAAAGCUUGUACAAGCUCAGCAACAUCAUCGCCGAUAACGUCAAGAAAAUCGAUCUUGCUUUGACCGAGAGGGGACUCGACUUUCCCGCCCUGGACUCCCCCUUCAAUCCUGGACUAGAGAAUGAGAGUUACAGGUUACCCGGCGUUCUGGAUUCUGCGGCGGUUAUAGCGGCAGCUACCGCACAGCUCCGAGCUGCCGUAUACCCUGCUCCGAUGACCUUGGUCAACACGGCUAUGCUGUUCAACGUAUCUGCCGCCCUUUCCGUUGCUGCCGAGACGCAUGUUGCUGAGAUUCUGAGCUCGGCGGGCCCUCAGGGCCUUCACGUCCAAACUAUAGCGAAACCCAGCGGAAUCGACUCGAAGAAGCUCUCUCGUGUUCUUCGCCUGCUUGCAACUUAUAACUUCUUCCGCGAGGUGGCCCCUGACGUCUUCGCUCACAACCGCCUAUCAUCACUACUCAAUACAGGGAACACCGUACAGGCUAUCCUCGAAAAGCCCGAGAAGAAACAUGACGGCUCUCUAGGCGUGGCUGCGGCCAUCGGGCACCUCACCGACGAGGCCAUGAAAGCAGUAUCACACCUUACUGAAGCAGUCCUCGAUCCUGUGUCCGGGCAUGCGAACGAUAUCACCAACCUUGCUUUCAAUCGUGCUUUUCCGAGCGCUAAGGGCCUCACCAUCUGGAACUUCUUUGAUGCGGACGGGCAGGAGUAUCGUAGGAACCGAUUCGGCAUGGCCAUGGAGGGUUCCAAGAAUAUGUCCCCCGCUGAAGCUAUCGUGGAGGGUGUAGAUUGGACGGGUCCUGGGGCUGAUGCGCUUGUCGUGGAUGUUGGCGGCGGUGUCGGCGCGCAAUCUUUGACAUUGUCGAAGAAGUACGAGCAGCUCAGGCUCAUCGUACAAGAUCGCGAGCAGCUGAUCAAGGCUGAUGCCCUGAAGUUCUGGGAAAGUUCCAAUCCUGAAGCUCUGAAGGCCAAGCGCGUCAUCCUGCAACCACACGACUUUUUCAGUCCGCAACCGGUCAAGGACGCCGACUUCUUCCUCAUCCGCAUGAUCCUGCACGAUUAUCCCGACCAGGACUGUCUCAAAAUUCUUCGCAGUCUCCGAGCGGCUGCGAAGCCGUCGACACAGCUCAUUGUGGUUGAUAAUAUCAUGGCAUACGCUUGCGAGGAGCCCGCCGCAAACGAGAUCCCGGGAGCUGUAGUCACCCCACUCCCGGCGCCGCUGCUUCCCAACCUCGGCGAAGCAAAUAGUGCUGCGUACCUCAUGGAUGUCCAGAUGAUGGCCCUCACGGGCGGCAUUGAGCGCACACUUACUCAAGUCCGCGAACUGUUGGCGGAUGCCGGUUGGAAGGUCAUUCGCGUGCACCACGGUGCACCUUUCGUACUCAGCCACCAGAAGGUCAUCGCAGUCCCUGCUGAGCAGUCUUCCUAA